AUGGGUGUGCCUAGUUUUUUGUGGUGGUCUGUCCCUCCUCUUCUGUGCUUGCUGCUGAAUUUAGCAGAACUGUGUAACGGAGGGAUUACGAGCAGUUUUGUGAGGAAGGUUGAGAAAACCAUUGACAUGCCUCUUCAUAGUGAUGUUUUCCGUGCGCCUCCUCACUAUAAUGCGCCCCAACAGGUUCAUAUAACACAAGGAGAUCAUGUGGGGAAGGCAGUGAUUGUCUCAUGGGUUACCAUGAAUGGACCUGGUUCAGAUACAGUUGUAUAUUGGAGUGAAAACAGCAAGCAAAAGAACAAGGCCAAGGGAAUGGUUACUACUUAUAAAUUCCACAACUAUACUUCUGGUUAUAUCCAUCACUGCACCAUCAUGAAUUUGAAGUUCAACACCAAGUACUACUACGAGGUCGGGAUUGGACGCACAGCACGGACUUUCUGGUUCAUAACUCCUCCUCAAGUUGGCCCUGAUGUCCCAUAUACUUUUGGUCUAAUGGGAGAUCUUGGUCAGAGUUACGAUUCAAACACGACACUUACCCAUUAUGAAUUAAAUCCGACAAAAGGAAAAGCAGUUUUGUUCGUGGGGGACCUCUCAUAUGCAGAUAACUAUGAUUACAACAAUGUAAGAUGGGAUACAUGGGGAAGGUUUGUUGAAAGAAUUGCUGCUUACCAACCUUGGAUUUGGACUGCUGGAAAUCAUGAGAUCGAUUUUGCUCCUGAAUUAGGUGAAACUCAACCCUUCAAACCUUAUACUCAUCGCUACCCUGUCCCUUAUAAAGCUUCAAAGAGCUCUUCUCCCUUGUGGUAUUCAAUCAAGAGAGCUUCAGCAUAUAUUAUAGUCUUGUCUUCGUAUUCAGCAUAUGGCAAGUACACUCCUCAGAACACAUGGCUGGAGGAGGAACUACCAAAGGUAAACAGAAGAGAGACACCAUGGUUAAUUGUUCUCAUGCAUUCCCCAUGGUAUAACAGCUACAACUAUCAUUUUAUGGAAGGGGAAACCAUGAGAGUAAUGUAUGAGCCAUGGUUUGUGAAGUACAAAGUUGAUGUUGUGUUUGCUGGUCAUGUCCAUGCCUAUGAAAGAUCAGAACGAGUAUCCAACAUUGCUUACAAUAUUAUAAACGGCAAUUGCCAUCCUGUUAGUGACCAAUCUGCCCCUGUAUACAUAACCAUUGGUGAUGGAGGAAAUCUUGAAGGCUUGACAGCCAGCAUGACAGAGCCACAGCCAAAGUACUCAGCUUUCCGUGAGGCUAGUUUUGGUCAUGCCAUUUUCGAUAUCAAGAAUCGAACCCAUGCUUAUUAUAGUUGGCAUCGAAAUCAGGAUGGCUACGCUGUACAAGCUGAUUCCUUAUGGUUUUAUAACCGGUUUUGGCAUCCAGUUGAUGAUUCUACAAGUGCCCGAUGAUGAGAAAAAAAAAAAUAUUUCUAUUGUUGUGCGGUGUGCAAAAUCUGAACUCAAUAAAGUUUUGAAACCCUUCCAUUUGAGCUUUCACUGAGUUGAUCUUGCUCUCAGUAAUUGUUUAUCCGAAGUUUGAUGAUAUAUGAGAAAUGCAUAACCUGCUCUGUGGCACCUUGUCAUUUAUUGUAGUCUUGUAGAAAUCGGAGUCUAAUCAAAAGUUGAAUAAUAAUUCAUCUUGUUAUGACAAGAAUACAUUGGACUUAUAGGAAAAUAAGACGGAUGCACACACACGUAGAUCUUCCUAUAUUCAUCACCUUUGUCACCCCCAUUGCUACAAGCAUGACAUUGCUCCCACUCCAUCUCCCUAGAGCAUAUACUCAAUGAUAUAAAGACAAUAUACACGUAAAAAAAUUUGAAAAUCAAAUUUAAUGCAUAAGACCCGAUUUGUAUGUUAGUUUAUGCAUCAACUUUAAAUUAUCACAUAAUAACAUAUUCAGAUAAAUUUAUAUAUAGACAUGAUAUCGUAAAAAGAAAGAUGAUGAUUGAUUUAAAAUUUUUCUCUCGCUCUCAAAAAAAAAAAAUUCAUUGGAACAUGAAGCACUAUACAAUUAGUUCAUU